CAGAGAAGCGGUGUGGCGUUGCACCGCUCUUUUGGAAGGUGCCCGAGAAAAAGAUCCCGUGGAUUUGCAGUCCAUGUACGAAGGGAGCAGCUGUCAAUAUCCUCGCACUGCACUUGGAUGUCUCCUCCCCUUGUCUUGUGAUGAAGAUGAGAAGAGAAUGAGAGAGAGAGAGAGAGAGAGAGAUAGGGCGCUGAAAGCUAAGAGUUGAAAGCCUUCGAUUGUCAGAUUCUCCCACCUCCGCUCCAUUCCUCACUCGUCGUUUCUAGUGCUUGCUGUCUGCUUUCUGAGAUGUAUUUCCUCAUUAUUUUCUGUUAAUUUGGCUUCUUCGACCGCGCCCAGGCCGACCCUCUCCGUGCCGUUGGUUUGACGGUGUUUCUUCGGGCAUCAGCUUCUCUCGGAGGUAUUUUUGAAGGUGCGGAUACAUUUCUGAAAUAGAGUCAAUCAUAAACUUGAGCUGGUUCCUUUUGUCAUGGAUAAGAUUCCACCAGACUGCCCCUACCCAGGUUGCUUCUUUUGUGUCAUGAAGGAAGGCAAUCCCAGCAAGCGUAGGACGAGCAUCCUGAAGUUCUUCAGGGAGCUUCCAUCGCAGGAUGAUGAUGGCCAAGUUCUCCCUAUAAGUGGCCUCUGGAACACUGCCAUGGCUCAUCCAAAUGACCCAGAGUUCAUUAACUUGGGAAUAUUUGAAUGCAUGGCAGCAUUAAUAUGGAAGGGCUUAAAGAACAGGCGCUGGCUUUCACAUGACCAGAACAUAUAUAUCCCAUACUAUGCAGCUCAUAUAAUAGGAUCCUACACAAUGAACAUGGAGGAAUUUGCUGAAAGGGCAAUUCAUGCAGGCGUCAUUCCUCCCUUGGUUGAGCUUUUGAGAGGUAGACUGACCUGGGUGGAACAAAGGGUAGCAGUCAGGGCACUUGGGCACCUGGCAACUUAUUCUAGUACUUUUCCUGCAGUUGCAAGUCACGGAGAAGUACUUGAGCUUGCUAUUCAGCUUGCAUCAAGUUCUCUGGAAAUUGUCUAUUCUCAUUUUUACCAGUCUGUGGAUAGGAGAAUAAGCUACCACUGUGAUCUGCUUACCCGUGGUAUGGGAGGUGUGGAAAUGGAGUCCAGGAAGGCAGAGGAAUGGGCGAGCCAGUUACAAUGCUGGUCUCUUCAACUUAUUAACUGCUUUGCUUUCAAGCCAGAGUUUCUGUUUGACAUAUGCAAGCCAGAGUUUUUAGUUAAAUUACCGGGCAUGUGGGGUGGUCUUGUUAAUGAGAACUCACCAGCAGGUAUUGGCUUGCUGCGGACAAUUUGUCAACACAAGCUUGGCAGGGGUCCUGUUGCUAACUGUCCUGGUAUCAUCGAAGCACUAUGUAACAUUGCCCGAUCGUCAGAUGACUGGCAGUACAUGGCUACUGACUGUCUUCUUUGGCUACUUCAAGACCAGAGCACUUCAAACAAGGUAAUAGAUAAGGCAGCCCCAGCACUCACAGAUUUAGCAGAAAUUUCCACUCUUGGUGACCAUAAAAGAUUAGGUGAUACUAUUGUUAGCGUCCUUCAAGAACGUUGCCAGGCACAAGGAACAACACGUAAUUAUGUCAGCAGCCAUACAAAAGAACAGAUUGAUGAGCUUUUAGGCUCCAGGCAGAGAUUGAAAUGGGAGAAGAGCAUGCCGAAGGAGGAUCUCCAAAUUAAACAAGCUGCAGCAUUGGUUGUAAAGCUUGAAGGAAACUCUUUAUUCUCUUCAGGAGAUAUUUCGGGCGCUGCAUCAAAAUACUCUGAAGCUUUGGCAUUGUGUCCGAUGAAGUCCAAAAAGGAAAGAGUUGUACUGUACAGCAAUAGGGCUCAGUGUCAUCUUCUUUUGCAGCAGCCACUAGCAGCCAUAAGUGAUGCUACACGAGCUUUGUGCCUUCAUAACCCCCCUAAUCGUCAUGCGAAAAGCUUAUGGAGGAGAGCCCAAGCAUAUGAUAUGCUUGGUUUAGUGAAGGAGAGCUUGUUAGAUGCAAUUCUUUUCAUCAAUGAGUGCUCUCAGUCUACUGAUCCUGACCUUUCUUUAAGGCACAAUAAAGUUCCUGAUUAUGCUGAAAGGUUGGUAAAGAAGCAGAUGCAUGCUGCAUGGCUAUUCAGAGAAGCAGCCGUAAAGCAUGGGGGUAUUCAUACAGAGGAAGGGGCUGGAGAUACUUAUGGCCCAGAGGCUGAUGACUCUGAGUGGGAGACGGCUAGUGAAAGUGACAUAGAAAAUGACGGCAGGGAUGCAGAUGACGAUGAAGAGAAUGAUAACAUCCGGAAAGAUAUGUAUGACAAGUCAACUACGAAAGAUUUGGUUCACGGAUACAACAUGCUGCUUGCAGAAGAUGAGAGGUAAACUCUAUGCAAGACUUGUCGGCACGAAUUUAGCUUCUUGUUCAGACUUUUAAAGUGUUAAUAGGUGUUUCUGCUAAGUUCUUUGGAGCGACUUUGAGGAACCUGGGCCUUGUGUGAAGGUUGAAUCCAACUGUUACCCUCAUCUUAUUAUCCACUAAUGAACUGCAAUAUGAAUAAUUUCUUUUGCCGCUUGUGAUGAGUUGAACAAAUCCAGUGUUUUAUUAUAUCUCCAUGGAUCAAAAAAGCUUGUAGCUUUCUAUAUCACAUCAAUUAUGCCUACUUGAUGAUUCUUCCA